CCGAACAGGCUGACAUCACCUUCCAUGACACUUUCAAUUUUCUGUCUUCUGCAUCCCCAUAUACCCGACAGCAAAGAAUACCGUAGUUCACCUAUACCCCACAAACACAAUGACUAGUUACUGCAUCAUCAUCAUCACAUGCAAGUCGAAAAUCGAGAGAAAACGUCACUAUUACUUUUGCCCCAGCGACCCUGACUUGCUCGCGUUUUUGUCUUCUGCCGCAAUAAUUGACCCCCUGACUCUUCUGAGCGCUUCUACCGCCCUUUACGACCCUGCACCCACGGAGUCAAUGAUGCGUCUGGCAAUUCUGAACCUUACCUGAACGGUUACCUCCCUGAGAAGAAGAUCAGAACCCCAAAAUCAGGUCGACCUCGACCUCUGAAUCCGGCGUCCGAUCUUUCUACGUCAAUUUACACCAGCUGUUUGGCUUGUUGUGCUCGAUUCGGGCAAAUCUCGACAUGCCACGUACAGAUACGGUACUGUAUGGUAAACGAUAUACAGUGGGCAGCAACUGGUCGCAUGGUAUCCUCGGAGAUCAAGGAAAGGUUCCUGGUUUUUUCGCAUGGAGUGUUAUUUUGAAGAUAGGAGAAAGGAUGCGGAAUUGGCCGAAAUCUGAUUAUCAUGGUGCAUCGCACGCUGUGCACGACCGAGUACGUUGUGGGUACGGCUACGCAUAAUUGAAGCGAGAUUCCACAGUCAGCGGCAUUUUUGGAGGGAAAAGCGGAAGGGGAGGAAAUUAGGGGGAAAUGAGAGGAUGAAUUCAUACGGGAUCAUGAUCAGAGAUGAGAGAUGAAAUUGGAAGGUUAGCGCAGAGAAUGCGAUGUUGUGACGUGUGUGAAGAGAAAGAAGCACGUGGACGAAAAGUGUUCUGGAAUAACAUAACAGUGACUAGGGGAGUGAUAGACCCAAAGGAUGAGACUGUCACUGGGAAUUGACGUGAUGGCAGAUGCGGGAGAUCGUGGCUCUGAUGGCGCCUGGAAGACCCGCCCAGUAUCCACUGUGCUGGUGUGCUGCUAAAGACUGAGAGGACUGGCUAAAAACGGUGACUAGACCAGGAAUACCCAUGACUUAUGGAGGAAAAAAGGAUCUGGGGAAGCAUACGGCCAUCCGCUAUCCCUCCCUGUCCUUGUUCUCGCCAAACGAUCACGGCCACCGCGGUGGACGCCGUUGCGAUUUUCAGCGGCAGAGAGC